AUGGUAUUAAAAGGAGAUAACAAGAGGAAAAGAGAUGAAGAGUCUCCACUUACGAGGCAGGAUUCAACGAAGCAACCUGCUACUUCAAGUCUAAUGAAAAGUGAGGAAUUAUCAUUUCCUAGAGGAGGAUCAUCUGCAUUAACCCCUUUGGAAUUGAGACAGGUUGCCAAUGAAGCUGCAAGUGAUGUAUUGUUUGGUAAUGGCACCGAUUCUGUUACUGAGGAGCACCCAAAGAAGAAGCAAAAAUCUAAAGCUGAUAAGAAGGUUAAGGGUGCAGCUAAUAACGAUCAAGAGGAGGUGAUUGAUGUGGUAGAGAACCUGAAUUUCAAGAAUUUGAAGCCAGGGACCUUGUUAUUGGGUCAAAUUUGUGCCCUUAACAAAAUGGACAUUUGUGUUGCUCUUCCAGACAAUCUUCGUGGCUAUGUUCCUUUGUCUAACAUAUCGGAACAGUUUACGUCUAUUCUAGAGCAAUUGGAUGCGCGCAUGGAAAAGGAUGAAGAGUCAGGAGCUGAAGAGAGCGAUGCGGAAUACGAAUCCGACGAUAAUGACUCUAAAACAGCGGACCUAAUAGAACUUCCAAAACUGGAGAAAUACUUCAAAGUUGGCCAGUGGCUAAGGUGCGUAGUUCAAAGUAACUCUGCAAUGGAUCCCCAUAACAAGAAGAGGAAUAGAAUUGUGUUAUCCAUCGAACCAUCAAAUGUGAAUCAAUUAACAGAUGAAGAUUUGGACAAGCAUGCUACUGUACAGUGUAGUGUCAAGAGCAUUGAAGACCAUGGUGCCAUCUUAGAUUUUGGUGUAGAAGGUGUGACCGGUUUUAUUUCCAAGAAAACUAUGCCAAAUUUUGAAGAGCUAAUGCCAGGUUCUGUUUUCCUUGGAAAUCUUUCCAAGAGAACUGGUCGUACUGCAAUGGUAAAUUUGGACUUCAACACUAAAAAGUCUCAUGUUACUCGGAUCUCUUCCAUAGACGCCGUUAUCCCUGGUCAGGUAGUGGACUUAUUGUGCGAGAAGAUAACAGAUCAUGGUAUAUUUGGUAAGGCUUUUGGAUUAGUGAACGGCUUUUUGAGCAUAGCCCAGUUAAAGUGUUUCUCAGUCGCCGAAAUGAAAGCAAAAUAUGGUAUUGGAAACAACGUCAGGUCCAGGAUUAUUUCAACUACAACCACUAAGAAGGGUAAUAAAUCGAUAAUGUUAUCUGCUUUACCAAAUGUUCUGUCAUUAGAUAUUGCAUUGUUGGAAAACGAGGCAUUGAGCGCUUUCCCUGUUGGCUACAUCUUUGAAUCAUGUACUGUAAAGGGUCGUGAUUCUCAGUAUGUAUACUUAUCGAUUUCGGAUGAUCGUUAUGGCCAAGUUCACAUUUCCAAGAUUGGUGAAUCUCCAUUAUCGGAAACUUCGAAAGCCAGAGUUAUUGGGUACAACAACGUAGGUGGUUAUUAUUUAAUGUCAACCGACGAAAAACUGCUGGAGCGCAAGUAUCUACGUAGCUGUGAUAUUCCAAUAGGAGAAAUUCUAGCUGGAUGUGAGAUUUCUUCGGUCUCUGACAAGGGCAUUCAAUUGAACUUAUUUAAUGGACAAUUCACAGCAUUCGUACCACCUUUGCAUAUAUCAGAUAUUAGGUUGGUUUACCCAGAGAGAAAAUUCAAGAUAGGCUCCAAGGUUAAAUGUAGAGUUAUUAACGUUGACAGUAAAGGCCGUGUAUACGCUACUUUGAAGAAAUCUUUGGUUUCAGUAGAACAGGAAGAUGUCCACUUGGUUUCUACUUUUGAAGAUGUUAAACAACUAGUUGAGACCGAAGGAAAGACACUAACCACUGUGGAAGCAUUUAAGCCUAGUGGAUGCAUUGUUUCAUUUUUGGGUAAAAUCAAGGCCUUUUUACCUAAAAAUGAGAUAUCUGAAGCUUUUGUUAAGAAGCCUCAAGACCACUUACGUUUAGGUCAAACGUUUAUGGUAAAAGUUCUACAAUAUGAUGAGGAACGUAAGAAGAUUAUUGUUACCUGUAAAAUUUCAUCUAAGUUAAUGGCUGAGCAACGUGAUGCCAUAGAGAACCUAAUUAUUGGUAGAUCUAUAGUUGAUGUUACUGUUGUUGAGAAGACAAAGGACUCAGUUGUUGUUGAGGCAAAUGAAACUGGUCUACGUGGUGUAAUUUAUGUUGGUCACCUUUCAGAUUCGAGAAUUGAACAAAACAGAGCAUCAUUAAAGAAGUUGAGAAUUGGCUCCAAAUUGACUGGUUUAAUAACUGACAAAGAUGUCAAAACCAAGGUAUUUAACUUGACUUGCAAGAAAUCCUUGAUGGAAGAUGCUGAAAAGGGUUUGUUACCUUUAACAUAUGAAGAUAUUAAGAGCAAGAAGGAAGAUACACCUAUGCAUGGGUAUAUUAAAUCUAUUUCUGAUAAGGGCGUAUUUGUUGCAUUUACUGGAAAAUUUGUAGGCCUCGUUCUUCCUAGUUAUGCUGCAGAAACUAGAGAUAUCGACAUCUCCAAAAAGUACUAUAUUAACCAAUCUGUCACCGCUUAUCUUCUAAGAACUGAUGACGAGAAUGAAAGAUUCUUGCUUUCUCUGAUCGCGGCUAGUAAGUCUGUUAAUAAGACCGAUCCCAAUGAAGUACAAGUGAUCAAUCCAGUCGAUGCUUCUCGGAAGAACAUCUCUGAUUACACAACAGGCUCUGUAACCAAGGCUAAGAUUACAUCAAUCAAGAAGACACAAUUAAACGUGAUGCUAGGGGAUAAUUUGCAUGGACGUAUAGAUGUGUCUGAGGUAUAUGAUUCAAUUGAGGAAAUAAGAGAUAUUAAGGCUCCUUUGUCACCUUUUAAGAGAGGUGAUAUCAUAGAUGUUAAAGUCAUUGGAUUCCAUAAUUCUAAGACUCACAAAUUUUUGCCUGUGUCUCACAAAACUGGUGUAAGCACUGUUUUAGAAUUAUCUGCUAAGAAAUCAGAGUUGAAAGGUAACACUUCUAUGAUCAGCUUUGAGAACAUAAAGGUUGGGGAAAAUUUAGUCGGUUACGUUAACAACUGCACUAAAGAUUUUCUAUGGUUGACUAUUUCACCAGUCUUGAAGGCUAAGAUUCCAAACUUUGAGCUGUCUGAUGAUAGUUCGAUUUUUGACUCCAGUAUUCCAGAAAGUUUUCCAUUGGGUUCUGCAAUUAUGGUUAAUGUUACUGAACUUGACAAAGAACAUCAUAUCGCUGUGGUUUCCGCUAGAUCGCAUGUUAUCAAGAGCCUUGAUGACUUGGCGACUGGUGAUGUCAUUCCAGCACGUCUUGCUAAAGUUAAGGAAUCUUAUUUGCUGCUCGAUGUCGGGAACAAGAUAACAGGUGUUUCCUUUAUCACUGAUGCUAUGAAUGACUACUCUUCAACCUUAGAAGACGUAUUUGCUGAAAAGGUCGGUUCAAUGUUUUCAGCUACUGUUAUACAAAUUGAUAAGAAGUCAAAGAGAUUGAACUUGUCUUUGCGUAGCGUAAGUCCGGUGGAUCGUGCCAUCUCAGGCCACAAUGACUUAAAGAGGGGCGAUGUUGUUCGUGGUUUUAUUAAAAACACAACAGAUAAAGGUGUGUUUGUCUACUUAAGCAGACAUGUCCAAGGUUUUGUCCCAGUGAGCAAGUUAACUGACUCCUUCAUCAAGGACUGGAAGAAAUUCUAUCAACCUAUGCAGCCAGUCACGACUAAGGUUGUAAACUGCGAUGAUGACCAUCAUAUCCUUUUGACGAUGAGGGAAUCUGAAAUUAAUGGUGACUUGAAGCUGCUAAAGAACCUAGCGGAUAUAAAGGUUGGCGAUAUAUUUGAUGGUAUGGUUAAGAGUGUUACCGACUUUGGUGUAUUUGUUAAGUUGAAUAACACUGCCAACAUUACUGGUUUAGCACAUAUCAGUCAGAUUUCUGAUAAGAAGGUUAAUGAUUUAAGCCAAUUAUUUGCCGAGGGAGACAAGGUCAGAGCUAUUGUGUUGAAAACCAAUACUAGCAAGAAACAAGUUUCUUUGGGUUUGAAGGCAUCGUAUUUCAGCAAGCAGACAUCUCAAGAGAAGAAUGAAGAAACCGAAGAAAUGGAAGAAGCGGAGGAGACUCAAGUCCCUGAAGAGGCUGAAGUGGUUGAAGAUGAAGCAGAAACUAUCGUUGAAGAGGCUCCAGAGUCUGAGCAGGAGGAAGAAAUCGACUACAAUAUGGAAUCUGAAGAUGAACAGGAUGCUUCAAAUGUUCCUCAGAAGAAGACUACGUCUGUUCCUAACAAUGGCUUGUCAUUAAGUACUUCAUUUGAUUGGACAGCUAAUAUUCUAAAUCAAACGAUGGACAAUGAGGAAUCUAGUGAUGAAGACGAAGACUUCACUUCUACCAAAAAACACAGAAAAUCCAAGAAGCAUACCCAAGUUGUGGACAGGACCAUUGACAUUAAUACUAGAGCCCCAGAAUCUGUUGCUGAUUUUGAGAGAUUGUUAAUAGGUGACCCUAACUCGUCUGUGCUAUGGAUGAAUUACAUGGCAUUCCAACUUCAACUAAGUGAAAUAGAAAAGGCCCGCGAACUAGCAGAACGUGCUUUGAAGACGAUCAAUUAUAGGGAAGAAGCAGAGAGGUUGAAUGUUUGGAUAGCAAUGUUAAACUUAGAGAACACCUUCGGUUCGGAGGAAACUUUGGAAGAUGUCUUCAAGAGAGCAUGUCAAUACAUGGACUCUUACACCAUCCAUUGCAAAUUAAUCAGCAUCUACCAGAUGAGUGAAAAGCAUCAAAAAGCCAGUGAACUGUUUAAGGCCACAAGCAAGAAGUUCGGUUCUGAAAAGGUCUCUAUCUGGGUCUCUUGGUGUGAGUUCCUACUUGACAACGGUAAAAAUGAUGAGUGCCACAACAUUCUAGCUACCGCCCUAAAGUCCUUACCAACGCGCAGUCAUAUCGAGGUCGUCAGGAAAUUUGCUCAGCUGGAAUAUGCCAAGGGUAGCGUAGAGCAGGGAAGAUCUUUAUUCGAAGGACUUCUAGCUGAUGCACCCAAGCGUAUUGACCUGUGGAAUGUAUAUAUAGAUCAGGAAAUCAAGAAGGGGGACAAAAAGAUUACAGAAGCCCUCUUCGAGCGUGUUAUGACCAAGAAGAUUACCAGAAAACAAGCGAAGUUCUUUUUCAACAAGUGGCUACAUUUUGAAGAGCAACAGGAUGACCAGCGCGCUGUUGAAUAUGUUAAAGCAAAGGCUGCUGAAUAUGUUCAAAAGAAUCAACCUGUAGACGAAGAAUAA